CCGCCGCUCGCGCUGCCGGGGGUCUCUCAGCGCGGGGGCGGCGCCGGCGGCUGCUCCCGGGGGUCCCGGCGGAGGCGGCUCCGGCCGUGUGGGGCGAGGAGGAGGCGGCCGAGCUCCCCACGGCUGAGCGCCGGGCGGCGAGCGAGUGCAGGAUGGGGGGCGCGUGGCCGGCGGGGCCCUGUGGGCAGUGGUGGGAGCGGCUGGCACCUCGGUUCUCUGCCUGUGUGAGAAGGGAGAUGCCAAGGUCACGGAAGAGACAGGCAAGAUGUCCAAGAAGGAAAAAGAAAUGAAAACAGGUGCCGGGUCCUUGUUGCUGUUCCGAGGGUGGUGUUUCUCACAGAGCCUGCAGCAGCUGAUCUUCAAGAUCCUGCAGGAGACCUGCAGCCUACUGGCAGUACCUCCUAGGCUACCUGCUGCUCGGGGACUUCGUGGCCUUGGGGGUGUGCUCCAGGAACGGCCCAGUGGAGAACCAGCGCAGCAUCUGUCGCCUCUGCUGGGGCCUGCAGCUCCUGCUCACGACUCAGGCAUCCAACUCCAUUCUGUGUCCUUGCCCGUGCUGCUCACUGUCGCCUGCACCGAGAACAUCGAGCACGUGGCCUCUUGGGCUUCCGCUGCCCACAGGGGAGAACUCUCAGCGCCCCGGCUGGCUCCUGGUGCCCCUCUGGCUUUACAGAUGGGGAGAGGGGGGCACAGAAGCUGGGGGGUGUGUGGAAGCCAGGCGUGCCGGGGGGAAGGGCAGAUACUGCUUGUGGAUUUAAGUCUGUUUCUGGUUUUAAUAAAGAUGUAUUUUGUAGCUAAUGAAGACCGUCUCCCAGGGCCAGUGGGCACCAGCGUGCUCAUCGGGAUACCUCUGGCAAUUCGGUUUCUUCAUGGGUGCCGCUGGGACGAGGGGCAGAAGGUGCUCAAGGGAGUCGAUGCUGUGCCUGUGUGGGUGGGAGAGGGAGGGGCUGCAGAGUUGAGGCUGGUGAAUGGCGGCAGCCGCUGCGCUGGGAGAGUGGAGGUGGAACACGAGGGACAGUGGGGCACUGUGUGUGGUCACAACUGGGACUUGAAAGAUGCUGCAGUGGUUUGCAAGCAGCUGGGAUGUGGGUCUGCUGUUCAGGCCUUUCGAUACGCACGUUUUGGGCCAGGGACUGGCCCCAUUUGGUUGGCUACUGUUCAGUGUCGUGGCUCUGAGUCUGCCCUGUCCAGGUGCAGACACCGCGGCUGGGGUGACAACGACUGUGUCCACGGCUGGGAUGCUGGAGUGAGCUGUUCAGGGUUCAGGCUGGUGAACGGCAGCACGGCGUGCGAGGGGAGGGUGGAGCUGCACGUGCAGGGGACCUGGGGCAGCCUCUGUGCCUCCCGCUGGCACCUCUCCGACGCCCACGUCCUCUGUGGUCACCUGGGCUGUGGCUUUGCCGUGUCCCUUCCCAGAGGAGGGAGUUUUGGGAGAGGAACGGGCCCCAUCUGGAGAGACUCGUUCCACUGCAGUGGGACUGAAGCCCACCUGGGACAGUGCCCAGUGACGGUGCUGGGGGCCUCCCCGUGCUCCCAUGAGGAUGCUGCUGCUGUCAUCUGCUCAGGGAGCCGGCGCGUGCGGCUGGCGAACGGGCCCGGGCGCUGCGCCGGGAGAGUGGAGAUCUACUCCCAGGGCAGCUGGGGCAGCGUCUGCGACGACGGCUGGGACCUGCCCGAUGCCGCCGUCGUGUGCCGGCAGCUGGGCUGCGGAGGGGCCGUGCGGGCGCCGGGCUCUGCCGCCUUUGGGGAGGGCUCCGGGCACAUCUGGCUGGACGGCGUCAACUGCUCCGGGGCCGAAGCCGCUCUCUGGGACUGCCCGGCCGGGCCCUGGGGGCGGCACGACUGCGGGCACAAAGAGGACGCCGGAGCCGUCUGCUCAGAGUUCACGGCCCUGAGGCUGGAGAACAGCGACGGCUGCUCCGGGCGCCUGCAGGUUCUCUACAACGGGACUUGGGGCAGCGUUUGCUCCAACUCCAUGACCCCCAAAACGGUGUCACUGGCAUGCGAGGAGCUGGGCUGCGGGAAGGAAGGGACCCUGGAGAUACAAUGGCCACGGGGCAGAGUGUCUGGCCCCGCCUGGCUGGACCGUGUGGAGUGUGAGGAGAGACACGGCUCCUUCUGGCUGUGUCCCUCCGCUCCCUGGAACCCGCGGUCAUGCGACGAGCUGCGAGAUCAGCCCCUGUGCCAGGCUGCCCAGGGAGGGACACGGCCCAAAAUGACCCCAACCCCGGGCUCCGCGUGCCCCAACGCCACGAGCUGCACAGACAGGGAGAGGAUCCGCGCCGUGGGAGGAGAGGACGGCUGCUCGGGCCGGGUGGAGCUGUGGCACCGCGGCUCCUGGGGGACGGUGUGCGACGACGUGUGGGACGUGCGGGAUGCCGAGGUGGCCUGCAGGCAGCUGGGCUGUGGGCCCGCCGUGGCCACCCUGCCCGAGGCUGCCUUUGGGGAGGGCACGGGCCCCGUCUGGCUGGAGAAGGUGGAGUGUCUGGGCACAGAGGCGGCUCUGCAGCACUGCAGGGCCUGGCCCGGGGACCGCGGGCUCUGCCGGCACAAGGAGGACGCGGCCGUGCGCUGCGCGGCAGCUUCUGUGGGGCUGGAUGUCCUCCAGCUGCUGCCCGGCCAGGCUCUGCAGCCCCCAGGGGCACUUCUGGACCUUGGAGUCCUGGUUGGUAAACUGAACAUGAGCCAGCAACGUGCCCUCGUGGGCAAAAAGGCCGAUGAUAUCCUGGGGGCAUCAGGAAGAGAAUCCCACUCGGGGCCGCCCGACCAGCAGCAGAAGCGUCUCGUUGCCCGUCAUCAUGUGCAUGAUCCUGGGAGCCCUUUUCUGCCUGCUGCUGGCCCUCCUGGCCUGGAGAGUGCUCAGCGCCAGGGCUGA